AUGGCUCGUAAGGAUAUAUAUGCUACUGACUAUAGCAAGUCAACAUUACUUUCGCCAAUCGAGGGCCAAAUUCUUUCGCAGUAUCAACUUUUGGCUGUCCAAUUGAACACAUUAUCUAAUGAGGUCAAACAGCUAAACUCCUCCACAAACCAAAACAACCACCCAUUGGGUAAGAGUUCGUCGUCCGAGGAUGGUGGUGAGGUCCAGAAUAGUGGAUCUGCCGACAAGCUUUUGGAUAAUUUGAGAAACUUGGAAAUGAAAAUCGGACUUGUGUAUACGCUUUUUAAAGGAGCGGUCUACUCUUUAUUUUUACAGUAUGAAGAAGAUCAGAACUUGAAGAACGACGAAGAGCAGAGACGUAACGAUGAGUCGGAAGACGGGUCUGACGAUGCUAAUGGAAUCGAUAUGGCAGAGGGAGAACAAAACGAUGCCUUGGACGAACGAAUGGAACCACACGAAAAUCAUAGUCAUUAA